AUGCCUUUAUUAAGCAAGAUAAAAAAUAUACUUUGCUGUACCUACAAUGAAUCUAUACUUGACAACGACGACGAUGACGAAGUUACUUCCAUCGUUGAACAUUUGACCGACAACCGGCAAGAGGUUUCUGAAAAGCCGUUAGUAAAUAAUUCUUCCUCGAACUAUCAACAACAUGUUAUUGUAAAGUCCGUAUUAAGAAAAAGAAGAAACCCCUCGGUGUCGACCACCGGUCCGAGAAGAAGAUAUAACAUAUUAUUAUUUGGCGAUAGUUUAACUGCUG